UAAUGGGAACACAACUCUUCUACUUUAUGUGGAUACCAUUAGAGCCUCUACCUCCAAUACAAUGUUGUUGUUGCAUUAAGCAGGCAGUUUAUGUUCAUGUUGUAGGGAUCGGUCUGGGUGUUGCGGUCAGAGAAUACGCCUCGCUGUCCCAUCUCCACAAGCAGUAUUUCGGCUUCCCGGGAGAGAUUCUGAUGCGAAUGCUCAAGCUGGUCAUUCUGCCCUUGAUCAUUUCCAGCAUGAUUACUGGUGUUGCAGCCCUGGACUCGGAGGUGUCGGGCAAGAUCGGCCUGCGAGCUGUCAUCUAUUAUUUCUCCACCACGAUUAUUGCCGUUAUCCUUGGCAUCAUUUUGGUGAUGACCAUCAAGCCCGGAGUCUCUCAAACUGCGCAGCAUAUCGACCGAGCCGGAACCACACCCAACGUCACCACUGUUGACACGCUGCUGGACCUCCUCAGAAACAUGUUUCCGGAAAACUUGGUGCAGGCUUGUUUCCAACAGUAUAAAACCAAGCGCAAGGAGUUGGAGCCACCUCCGAGUGUUCCAGUCGCAAGUACGGACAUUCCUCCUCUCGCGACCACUGUGAUAGCUGCCGUGGAGAACAUCACCCAAGAUUACAAAAUCAGCGGGACGUACUCGGACGGAAUUAAUGUUUUGGGCCUCAUCGUGUUCUGCGUCGCGUUCGGACUUGUCAUCGGGAAGAUGGGAGAAAAGGGACGCAUCCUUUUGGAGUUUUUCGAUGCCCUCAACGAUGCCACCAUGAAACUGGUGCAUAUAAUCAUGUGCUAUAUGCCAAUCGGGAUCCUGUUCCUAAUUGCCGCCAAGAUCAUUGAGGUGGAAGACUGGGAGAUCUUCCGCAAGAUGGGUCUUUAUAUGGUGACGGUGCUGAGUGGACUCGCCAUCCAUGCCAUCGUCUGCCUGCCACUUAUCUUCUUCGUAAUUGUGAGGAAGAAUCCAUAUACGUUCACGCUAGGGAUGGCACAGGCCCUGGUGACAGCGCUCAUGAUCUCCUCCAGCUCUGCCACUCUGCCCGUCACCUUCCGCUGCGCUGAGGAAAACAACCGCGUGGACAAGCGCAUCACCCGCUUCGUCCUCCCCGUGGGGGCCACCAUUAACAUGGACGGCACGGCGCUCUAUGAGGCCGUCGCCGCCAUAUUCAUCGCGCAGCUCAACGACUACGCCCUGGACGUGGGGCAGAUUGUCACCAUCAGCAUUACCGCAACAGUGGCAAGUAUCGGAGCUGCAGGCGUCCCAAAUGCCGGCCUGGUCACCAUGGUAAUCGUCUUGACAGCCGUUGGACUACCUGCCAGUGAUGUCACGCUCAUCGUCGCUGUGGAUUGGUUGCUAGACCGUUUCCGCACCAUGAUCAACGUGCUGGGCGACGCUUACGGCGCCGGCAUUGUCCAGAAGCUGUCCAAGAGCGAACUGGAGAGGAUGGACCUGAUCUCGGACGUGGACGUGGCCAACCCUUUCGCUCUGGAGGCCACAUCAGACGGCGAGGAGUGCGACAAGAAAUCCUACGUCAACGGGGGCUUCGCCGUCGACAAGACGGACGCCAUCUCCUUUACCGAAACGUCGCAGUUCUAGACGCCCGCCCCCUAUUCACCACCCACCCAGCCCGCCUGAAAAAAGUGCCAUACACCCCGAGGGAUAAUACCUUCUAUCAGCAAUUCUCAUCAGAAAUAGAAGCUUCCAUUCAUCAUCACUGACAUUUCCCACUGAUUUCAAGUGCUUCCUUUUUACACUGAAACGAUACAUUUAUACUCCUGGAAAAGUCCUUAGUGGAUGGAUGGAUGAUGCGAGGUGUGUUCAUCCGGUGGCGACAUUCCACAAUGCAGCUUUAUUUGCUUCUGAGUAGAAAACGCACGGCUCAUAUUAACUGUUUGUACAGAAUGUUGCAACUGUGCCAAGCCUGUGAAGAGGUGAGUUGACUUGAAGGCUCGAGUCGUGAAAACACUGUGAACUUUGGCCGCACGAUGAGCGUACCGCCCUGUUCUCGUGAGAAUUUAGCCCUUUUCGGGGAGGAGGGGGAACAAUGGAGGAAACGGUAAAUAUUAUGAGAUUAAGGUUGGUAUAGUACAAGAAAAAAAAAGGAUGCUGUUGAAAGGGUGAUAUGAGGAAAAGUUGUAAUGUUAUAACGGAAAGUCGUUCAUCAUGAGAAGUCAUGUGGCGAAAACGGUGUAAUUGUAUGCAAAAGUCAGAAUGCUGCAAAAAUGUGUCGGAUCUGAACAAGUCAAGUUGCGAGAAAGCGGUAAUAUGAGGGAACAGGUGUGAUGUCACGAGAAAAAAGAUGCAUCGUUACAAGGUCAGAAUAUUACAGGGGAAAGUGGCACGUGGAGAAAAGCCAGGAUCGUGCCAAGGUGUUGUCACAAGGAAAAAAAAAAUUCACAAUUUAAAAGUUAAGCUUGGAAAAUGAGAAGGAAAAUAAUGGUAGCAUGUGGAAGAAGUUGUAAUGUGAAAAAGUGGUCAUGUGAGAGGAAAAAAAAGAUGUCAAGUGAUGAGCAAAAACAAGAAGAAAUUUAAAUUUUUCCAAGGUGACCCUUUGAAGAUUCGCAUUUAAGAAACCAUAUAUAU